AUGACGGUAGCGGAAGAAUUCAUUUUAAGAAUCAACGGUAGCGUCACCAGUUCCAGUAAGGCCGAACUACUUGGUGAACCUCUCGUCCUUGGAGUCAUCAAAGGGCCUGGCCCUCCAGGUUGGGGGCUUCUACCGCCGGGACCACGUGCAGCCGAACAAUUAGCGGAGGCCCUCGACUGCUAUAAGGCAGAUAUAACUGCCAUCCAAGAAAUAAGAUGGCAAGGGCCGGGCAAGAGAAAAUUGAAGACCCAUGACAUCUACUACGGCGACUGCAACCGGCAACAGGGCACAUUUGGAUGUGGAUUUGUCAUCGGAGGCAGACUCAGGCAGAACGUUCUGAGUUUUAACUGCGUCAACGAGCGCCUCACCACAAUCCGCAUAAAGGCUAAAUUCACCAACAUAAGCCUGAUAUGUGCACACGCCCCCACGGAAGAGAAAGACGAUACCACCAAAGCUAAUUUCUACGAGCUCCUCGAAAAAACCUACGAGCAAAUCCCAAGCUACGACAUUAAAAUUGUCCUGGGUGAUUUUAAUGCAAAGCUAGGAAGAGAAGAUAUCUUUGGAAGCACAGUCGGAAAGCAUAGCCUGCACGACAACACAUCCGAUAACGGAUUCAGGCUAGUCGACUUUGCUGCGGGGCAAAAUGUUGUCAUAGCAAGUACGCGUUUCCCGCAUCUCAAGAUUCAUAAAGGGACAUGGAAAUCUCCAGAUCAAUCAACCGUCAACCAGAUUGACCACAUUGCGAUCGACGCUAGACAUUCCUCCAGUAUUAUGGACGUCCGAACGUUCCGAGGAGCCAACAUUGACUCUGACCACUACCUGGUUGUAGCCAAUGUACGGAUGCGGAUUUCCAGACCAUCGCCAACACAAGGAAAUACUGUGAGGAAGUUUAACGUCGGGCGACUACAAUCGCAAGAGAUUGCCAGGUCCUAUUCCGAUCGCGUCUCGAAUAACCUCUUAAGAAGUCCUACGCCGCCAGCAGCAAGUAUAGAUAACCAGUGGCAGCACUGCCAAGAAGCCAUUAGAGAUGCCGCCUCUGAAGUGCUGGGUUUCACAAGGCCACCACAACGAAACCCCUGGUUUGAUGAUGAAUGCCGGCAAGCACAUGCAGCUAAACAGAAAGCAUACAAAGCGGCGCUGCACAGAAGGACCAGAGCUGCCAAUGAGCUCUACAAGCGGAAAAGAACAGAGGAACAUCGGCUUCUCAGGAGAAAAAAGAGGCAACACGAGAAAGAAGCGAUCGUGGAAAUAGAGGGAUGCUAUAACAGGAAUGAAGUUCGUAAGUUUUACCAGAAGGUAAAAAGAACAUCUCAGGGGUAUAGACCUAGAACUGAAGCCUACAAAGACCAACAGGGAAACAUCGUAUUAGAGACGCAAGCGAUGCUGAGAAUAUGGAAAGAUCACUUCUGCAAUCUCUACAAUGGCGAUGACGAAGCCAACCCCGCCCAAAGACAGAUUGCACCAUUCAAUAUCGACGAUGAAGGCCAACAUUUCCGUCCCCCCGACCUGGAAGAAGUGAAGGCAGUCAUAUCCAAGCUUAAGUCAAACAAAGCCGCUGGAGCUGACGGCCUUGCUGCCGAACUAUUUAAAGCAGCAGGAGAUGACCUGUUUUGGCAUCCCUGCAAAGCUCGUCCGGCUGUGCAGGAUGACGAUGGAGAAUGCACGCUGCUCCGUCAGAGUCGGUAA